UACAAACAUGGCGACCGUGACAACAGCCACCUCGGAGUGGAUUCAGUUUUUUAAGGAUGCAGGGAUUCCUGCCGGCCUCGCUGUCACCUAUGCAGUUUCCUUUGUGGACCACAGAAUCCAGAAGAACAUGCUAAUGGACCUGAGUAAAGACAUCAUGAUGGACCUCGGCAUUACAGUCAUCGGAGACAUCAUUGCCAUUCUUAAACAUGCCAAACAGGUGCACAGGCAGGACAUGUGCAAAAUGGCAGCUGAGGCCAUCACCUCAGGACAGACCAGUGUCCAGGCUGAGCUCAGACGAACGGCCAAGUCUCCUGCUACUCGUAUGAUUGCCAACGCUUUGAGCCAUGAUUCCCCUCCCGCCACGCCAGUCCGCCGACCCAUUGACAACCGGCUCUCAGUCACAGUGUCCAACUCGCAGGCAAACAAGAACAGCAAAGCAGUCGUAAGCCAGCCAGCCGACGAGGGGAAACCUGCAGCAAAGCGCCGACGUGUCACAGCUGAGAUGGAAGGCAAGUACAUCAUCAACAUGCCAAAGGGCACCACGCCACGUACACGUCGAAUCCUGGCCCAGCAGGCCAAGAAAGAAACGGUUUGUUUCUCUGAAACAGGCUUGAAGCGUACCUCUGUGUUUGAAAGACUUGGAGCCGAGUCGAUGGCAGACACGACGACCAGUAACAGCAAGCCCACCGGGGUGUUCAGCCGCCUGGACAAGGGGGGCGAAAGCGGAGCGACGCCGAAGCCGGGAAACACGGACGCAAACAUGGAUGAAGAUGACGAGGACACCGACGGCGAGGGCUCUGUCCUGCAGUAUGCCGGCGUCCUCAAGAGACCCACACCGACGAAGAAGAAAGCGCCCGCUUCCAAGACGCCCCCGACCACCCUGCGCCGCCUGGGUGGGAAAUUCAAGCGGCUACCCUCCGAUGCUCCCACCUCCUCUUCUACCUCACCCCCAAACGGCCUCCCGCCGGCCAAAAUCAGCAUUCUUCAGAGACUGGGCAAGCCCCCCGCCACAGGCGCUGCAGUGACGCCAACGUCCACUGACACUCAGGACAACAGAGUGACGAGCACCAGAUCCAGAGCACUGGAGAAAUCCACUUCAGCCAGUUCAAAGGUCACCAGCAGCAACAGCCCAGGGGGAGGAGGGGAGUCUGCGGGGGCCAAGAUGGACGUCAAGGCUGUCAGUGUUUUCAAAAGACUGGGCAGCAAGAAACCCUAACACCAUGAUUCAGACUCUUACUACAGAGUUUGCAGCCAUCCUCCUUCUCCUCCGUUCAGGAAGGAAAGUUGGUAUUAUUAUUAUUAUUAUUUAAUGUUUUUUUUUCUCCUGCUGCCAUUGAUGAGUCACUUUUAUUUGGUCUUGGGACUUUUAUUUAACAGCUUUAGUAAUGCCGUGUUUUUAUGUGGCUUUUUUUUUUUUAAUCAUGUCAUAUCAGUCUUUUCUGUAUUUUAUAUGUUAAAUUAUGUUCAUGAGCUGAAAUGCUGUUUUAAUUUUCCCUGUUUACUCAACAUACAGGUGCAUCAAAACGAGUUGGAAUGUAAUCAAAAGUCAUUUAUUUUCAUCACUCAGUUCAAAAAGAUAAACUCAGAUAUAUAUUCAUUCCACCCACAGUGAUAUUCUUCACUAUUUUAUUUCAGUUCUCUUUAAUCCUAAUCCUAGAAUUUAGUGUAAUCAGACACCAAACCAUUUAAAAAAUAUUUUUAAUACAGAUUACAGAAAAGUUUCGCUUUUUGAAUUGAAUUCAUGAAAUCAGCUUUUCGGUGAUAGUCUAGCUAUUUUAAAUGCACCUGUGUAAAGACUGCUGCCUGUACUCCCAUUUAACAAUCCUUAGACUAUGCGUAAUUGUUGAAAAUUUCCUAAAAAAUAAUGUAUUAGCUGGAUAAAUUUAGAUUAGCUCUCAGCAGUUAGACACACUACACAUCCUGAGAUGAUUAAGGAAUUUAAAUGUGUUCUCCCGACCUGAAAAUACCUCCUGCACCAUGAUCAUCAUCAAAAGCUUCUGAGCUUUUUUUUUAGCAGAUAUAAAAAAAAAAGAAAAAUCAUGCUGAUGAAUCCUCAUUGAACCCUGAAGACUCGAAGAGCAACAUACCUUUGCUUCAGUGCUUUGUUGGAACGGUAGUAGCACCUUUUAUCCUUUCGACCUGGGCGUUUUCUACAGCCUACUUGAACCCGUGUGAGUAGAAAACCUGCUCUGAUUUUUGUAUUUCCACCUGGAUGCUCUGGUGUAGAACAUCAUAGAUGACAUCAGUUCACCGUAGAUAGUUCGCCUCAGUCCUCUUAGAGAUUGUUCGAAGCUGCAGUUGGUUGCACUGUAAAUAUUUUUAAAUGUUUUUAUGGUUUAAAGGACAAACAAAGUAGAGCAAAAAAACAUCAGCGUUGAUGGUUUUGUUUUCUUUUGUUUUUUAAGAUAUUGAGGGGAAAAAAAUGUUCUGGUUUCGAACAAAUUGUGCUUGAAAAAUAAUAGAAAUGUUAUAUUCAAUGUCUGCAUUAGCCUAUGAAGGCAAAGUGAUCACCCGUUUCCUAUGAAAACACUUGAGCACCUCAUUUAUCAAUAAACCUUUUCAACCUCCGGUC